UGACGUCACGACAUACCAGUAUUUCAUUGGCUGUCUGCAGCGUCAGAGUUCCUUUCAGUGACCGCCUGGACUGAGAUGGCGUCGACCAAGGUGAAAUCGCAACAACAGAACCCGCGGGCUGACAGCUACCGCUAUGCUGUCACUCCAGGAGGAGAGGACCCCAAGAAGGGGAAGAAGAAGAAGUCCAAGAAAGAAAAUCUUGAUGAACUCAAACAAGAAAUUGAAAUGGAUGAACAUAAAAUCCCUAUUGAAGAAUUAUAUGUUAGGCUAGGCACUGACCCUACAAUGGGAUUAACAGAGCAGAGAGCCAAAGAAAUCCUGGAGAGAGAUGGCCCCAAUGCUCUGACUCCUCCUCCUACCACUCCUGAAUGGGUCAAGUUCUGCAAACUCUUAUUUGGAGGAUUCUCAUUACUUCUGUGGAUAGGUGCCAUUCUCUGUUUUAUAGCUUAUUCUAUUCAGGCUAGUGCCUAUGAUGAUCCACCAGGUGAUAAUUUGUACUUGGGCAUAGUGUUGACGGCCGUCGUGUUAGUUACUGGCAUUUUCUCAUAUUACCAAGAAGCGAAAAGUUCAAAAAUUAUGGAAAGCUUCAAAAGUAUGGUUCCCCAGUUUGCUGUUGUAACCAGAAAUGGAAAAGUUUUAAAUGUUAAGGCUGAAGAAAUAGUUGUGGGAGAUGUCCUUGAUGUCAAGUUUGGAGACAGAGUGCCAGCUGAUGUCCGUGUUAUUACUGCCCAUGGUUUCAAGGUAGAUAACUCCUCCCUGACUGGAGAAUCAGAACCCCAGACUAGAACUCCCGAUUUCACAAAUGAUAACCCAUUGGAAACAAGAAAUAUUGCAUUCUUCUCAACUAAUGCCGUAGAAGGUACAUGCAGGGGUGUUGUGAUCCGCUGUGGUGACAUGACUGUCAUGGGUCGUAUUGCUAACUUGGCAUCUGGAUUGGAAGUUGGAGAAACCCCCAUUGCCAAGGAAAUUGCCCAUUUCAUCCACAUUGUAACAGGUGUCGCUGUGUUUUUGGGUGUUUCAUUCUUCAUCAUUGCUUUCAUUCUGGAAUACUUUUGGUUGGAUGCUGUCAUCUUUUUAAUUGGUAUCAUUGUUGCCAAUGUACCAGAGGGUCUUUUGGCUACUGUCACAGUUUGUUUGACACUUACUGCUAAAAGAAUGGCAAAGAAAAACUGUUUGGUCAAGAAUUUAGAAGCUGUAGAAACUCUUGGAUCCACCUCUACCAUUUGUUCUGAUAAGACUGGAACUCUGACACAGAACAGAAUGACUGUCGCUCAUAUGUGGUUUGAUGGCAAAAUUGUGGAGGCUGAUACUAGUGAUGACCAGACCAAUGCAGCCUACAGCAGCACAGAUGAGACUUGGAUGGCUCUUGCCCGCAUUUCUAUGUUGUGUAACCGUGCUGAAUUCAUUGCGAACCAAGAACACUUGCCAGUCUUGAAGAGAGAAUGUAAUGGUGAUGCAUCAGAGUCUGCCCUUCUGAAGUGUGUUGAGCUGUCCAUUGGAAAAGUGACGGAGUAUAGAAACAGAAAUAAGAAGAUCUGUGAAAUUCCAUUCAACUCAACCAACAAAUACCAGGUAUCUGUUCAUGACACUGAGAAUCCUAAUGAUCCCAGAAGUCUGCUUGUGAUGAAGGGAGCCCCUGAAAGAAUCUUGGAAAGAUGUUCUACUAUUCUGAUGCAUGGAAAAGAUGUACCAAUGGACGAUAACUUCAGGGAAGCAUUCAAUAAUGCUUACAUGGAAUUGGGAGGUCUUGGUGAACGUGUGUUAGGAUUCUGUGACUUCUUCCUGCCCUCUGAUCAGUACCCACCAGGAUACCCAUAUGAUUCUGAUGAUGCCAACUUCCCCUUGACUGGACUCCGAUUUGUCGGCCUUAUGUCUAUGAUUGAUCCUCCAAGAGCAGCUGUCCCUGAUGCUGUUGGAAAAUGCAGGAGUGCUGGAAUUAAGGUUAUCAUGGUUACUGGUGAUCACCCAAUCACUGCCAAAGCCAUUGCUAAAGGUGUCGGAAUCAUCUCCGAAGGAAGCAAAACUAUUGAGGAUCUUGCAGCUGAACGUGGUGUCCCAGUUGAGGAAAUUCAGGACACUAGUGGUGCCAAGGCUGCUGUCAUUCAUGGUAGUGACUUGAGAGACAUGACUCCUGCCCAGAUUGAUGAAGUUCUGAAGAACCAUUCUGAAAUUGUGUUUGCCCGUACCUCACCCCAGCAGAAACUGAUCAUUGUAGAAGGUUGCCAGCGUCAAGGGGCCAUUGUGGCUGUAACUGGUGAUGGUGUCAAUGAUUCUCCUGCUCUGAAAAAAGCCGACAUUGGUGUUGCUAUGGGUAUUGCUGGAUCUGAUGUGAGUAAGCAGGCUGCUGACAUGAUCUUGUUGGACGACAACUUUGCCUCCAUCGUCACAGGAGUAGAAGAAGGGCGUUUGAUCUUUGACAACUUGAAGAAAUCAAUUGCCUACACCUUAACCUCCAACAUUCCCGAGAUCUCCCCCUUCUUGUUCUUCAUUCUUUUGGACAUCCCUCUACCACUUGGAACCAUCACCAUUUUGUGUAUUGACUUGGGAACUGACAUGGUACCAGCUAUUUCCAUGGCUUAUGAAGGUGCUGAAAGUGACAUCAUGAAGAGACAGCCCCGUGAUCCAUUCAAGGAUAAACUUGUCAAUGAAAGGUUGAUCUCCAUGGCCUAUGGACAAAUUGGUAUGAUUCAGGCUUCCUCAGGAUUCUUCGUUUACUUUGUUAUUCUGGGUGAAAAUGGCUUCUGGAUGACUCGUCUUCUGGGAUUGAGAGAACAGUGGGACUCCCAAGCAGUCAAUGAUUUACAAGACUCCUAUGGACAAGAAUGGACCUACAGCCAGAGAAAGAUUUUGGAGUACACUUGCCACACUGCUUUCUUUGUGUCUAUUGUGGUCGUACAGUGGGCUGAUUUAAUCAUUUGUAAGACUAGAAGAUUGUCACUCUUCCACCAGGGAAUGAAGAACCACCACAUGACCUUUGGUCUGUUCUUUGAGACUUUUCUUGCUGCUUUCUUGACCUACUGCCCAGGAUUGGAACAGGGUCUUCGUAUGCAGAAUCUCAGAUGGACAUGGUGGUUUCCCGCUUUCCCAUUCAGUAUAGCAAUCUUCAUCUAUGAUGAAAGCCGAAAAUACGUUCUUAGACGCAAUCCAGGUGGUUUUGUGGAACGGGAAACAUACUAUUAAUGCAAGGCAUUUAAUAUGUGCAAGUGCAGACUAUUUCAAUAGAGAUAUUUGUGUUUGUAGAGAAUGAGAAAAGAUUUACUUGAAGUCUUUUAACCAACAUUUAUGAGAAUUUAUUAAAGAGACGGACCACAUAAAUAUACCAUCACAUAUACACACAUAUUGGCAUUGUUUAUAAACAUUGGGUAUCCCGAUCCUACAUGACUCUGUUUCUUAAAUACUUUCAUAAAUGUUGGUGUAUGUGGUUGUUGUUAACAUGAACUUUUUGUACAUUAAGCAAAUGGGUUUUUAUAUUGCUAACUGUUUUAAUUGUUAAAAUGUCAUUCUUUAAGAUCACGGUAUUGUACACUGAGGCUGAGAGAAAGUACACAAGUAUUUUAUCACUGUAGUUAGUACUAAUCAUAAUUCAUGUACAAAAAGGAUACUUAAAUGUUUUACACAAGUUUUUUUUUUUUAAUUUUUUCAUGCAUAAAUUUUUUUUUUAAUUUUAUAUGCGAGUGUUUUUAAAACCAAAAAUUGUGAUCUUAUAUUCGAAGUCUGUUCAUUUCUUCAUGUACCAAAAAACGCAGUUUUCUGAUUCUUGUCAAAUGGCACAAAGAUGUAACAUCCUCUCCUUUCAUCUGGAACAUCAUGCAAAAGUAUCUUUCAGUGUACAGAUCUGAAAGAAUUGGUCCUUGUAAAUAAUAUUGCACAUACCGUAACCAGGAAAAAUUUAAACAUUGUUGAAAUUUUUAAAAUGAUGGGGAAUAGUAAUAUAUUUUAUUGAUUAAUUUAAAAAAAAAAUUUAAACUCUCUGUAAUGAAAUGUAUUUUACUAUUUCAAUGUAAACUAUAAAAAUUAUUCAAAGAAUGAAAUUAUUGGUGUUUGUAUAUGAAGUAUAUAAUCUGAAUAUGAUACUGUAUAUUUUGAAAUAUUACCAAAUAAUGGUUUAUUGUAAGUGUUGAGGAAUUGAGAGAACAUUCCAGAUUUUGCGUACAAAAUAUGUAGACUACACUUCAAAAUCACAUGUACAAAAUGCAAUAUUGUAGGUAGAGAUACUAUAAUCUAUAUAAUUAGAGUUAGGAAAUUCAAUUAAAUUUUAGAAUAGAUUUUCUUGUUUCAGAUUUCCAUUAAUUCCAAUUCAUAGUACUUUGAAUCUCGGCAAAAAAAAAAUGUGCAACAGUAAUUGCCUAGUAUUUCCCACUUGUUCGCUUUGUUUGUCCUUUCAUAUACAGAAUAGUGAUGUAAAAGUCAGGGGUUCCAUUAUUAUGGGUAGCUAUUUAAUUUUAUUUGGAACUUCUAUUCUUUUGUCACAGAUGUAGCUUACCAUCAACAGCUUGUAGGGGUAUUGCUAGAAAGCCUCGAACAGUGGUACUCUUCAUAGCUAUUGUGGUAUAGUCUGACAAAGAAAUAUUUUAGCUUUCUCUAAAUUGUGUAUCUUACUGCAUGUGUUUAGCACAAACCUUGUUUACUGGUUCAUAUAGAACAUUUUUGUCCAUUCAGGUGGAGUUUUGUCUUUCAUUUUUAUAGAACAUGAAUUUCACCUGUCAAUUGUUUGUAGAAGAAUAACACAAUUUUCAAUAAACCUUUUAGGGACUUGUCAAAUG